GUGCUACUAAUCUUAAUUUGCGUUCCAUCUAAAUUUUUGUGAGUUUCAUACGCAAGUGCUCUGGUGUGUAUUUCUCUCAAAACUCUUGUAUGUGCCGAUGUGCGUAACAAAGUGACAAGAUGACUAGGGAUCAAAAAACUAUAGAUUUGGACGACAUAUUGGAUGGUUUCGGAAACUUCCAACCUUACCAUCUGUGGCUGGGCUUCCUGAUCAACUUCGGUGCUGUCACCAACUCCAUCUACACUGGCAACUACGUGCUUGUUGUUGAGAAUGUCGCUUACAGAUGCGCAGACGGCAACUCGAGCGUGUGUGGCGGCUGCGACAAGUGGGUGUACGACAAUCCCGACAGUUUUGUAGCUGAGUUCGAGCUAGCAUGCCAGGACUGGAAGCGAACGUUGGUGGGUACGGCGCACAGCACUGGAUACAUGUUCGGCCUGCUGCUAGUCGGACCCUUAUCUGAUAGAUUCGGCAGGAAGACGCUGAUAAUAGCUACUGGUGUUAUGGGCGGUGUCAUCGGCAUGCUGCGGAGCCUAUCGCCAUGGUACUGGUUGUAUAUCGCACUGGAAUUCCUCGAGGCUGCAAUCGGUGACUCCUGCUUACCAGCGUUUGUACUAAUGUUGGAGUUCGUGUCGAAACAAAAGCGUGUUGCUUUCUCGUCCAUAUGCACCAUCGGGUAUCCCGCUGGGAGCAUGUUAUUUGCUCUGGCCGCAUGGAUGGUGCCGUAUUGGAGACAUCUACUACUCGUCCUGUACACCCCCGCGCUCCUGUUCAUCUUCUACAUAUUCUUCCUUGACGAGAGUCCCCGAUGGCUCCAAAUUAAAGACAGGAAGAAGGAGGCUACGGAUCUGCUAGUAAAGAUUUCGAAGAUAAACGGCAAAGAGCUGGACAGGCAUGUGCUGGAAAAGGUAUCAAUGGAGGCGGAAUCGAAGGUGCCUUUGGGGAAGCUGCUUAAGAAUACCUUCCAAUCGAGUGCCCUUCGGAAGCGGUUUCUGGUGUGCCUCGUGUGGUGGAUAAGCUGCACGUUUGUGAGCUACGGCAUGACGAUAAACUCGGUGUCUCUGCAGGGCAAUAAAUACGUGAACUAUGCGCUCAUUUCUGUGUGUGAGUUGUUCGCCAUUUGGGGCAUCAUGUACGUGCUGACGCAUUAUCGAAGGAAGUUCCCUUUGCUCCUCACCUUCUACAUUGGUGCCAUCUUCUGCCUCGUUCAACCAUUCAUGCCUAGUAAUCUCGGCUGGCUCUCCGUAGCCCUGUACAUAUCAGGGAAGACGAUGAGCUCCUUUUACUUCAACAUCACGUACAUCUACACGUCGGAGCUGUUCCCGACGUAUACUCGCAACUCCAUGCACGCGCUGUGCUCGUCUCUCGGACGUAUAGGCUCGAUACUCGCCCCGCAGACACCACUUCUGAUGCCAUACUGGAGUGGUCUCCCGUCCAUCAUCUUCGGCGUCGUCGCGGCGGUCGCCGGAACAGCCACUUUCCUCGUCCCUGACAUAGACUCCACAUCACUACCGGACACCGUGCACCAAGCUGAGGCCAUCGGGAUGAAAGACAAGAAGACAGAUGUCAUCUCGCGGUUAUGACAUGAAGACGUAUUAUGAAUAAAAUAUAAUUU